UUUUUCGGGGAGGAUCAGGGAAAAAGGGGUGGCUGGUCAAGUUAAAAAGCCGGGAGCGUCAGGCUGCAGUUGUGUCUUUGUUCGUCAGCUUACGAAGAGUCUAGGGGAGCUGCUGUUUCCGUCGUUGCUAUGGCCACAUUAGUAAAGAAAAUUAUUAGCACCGCUAGGGCUCCUGCUGCGAUGGGCCCUUACAGUCAAGCAGUGUUGGUAGACCGGACCAUGUAUAUCGCAGGACAGCUAGGCAUGGAUCCCUCAAACGGGCAACUUGUGCUUGGAGGAGCAAAGGAACAAGCUAAACAGGCCCUUCAAAAUAUUGGGGAAAUUCUGAAAGCUGCUGACUGUAACCAAGAUAAUGUGGUAAAGACUACCGUGCUGAUGGUUGACAUGAACGAUUUUGAUGAUAUUAAUGAAGUCUACAAGCAAUUUUUCAAGUGCAACUUUCCAGCCAGAGCGGCUUACCAGGUUGCUGCUCUUCCAAAAGGUGCACGUGUUGAGAUUGAAGCUGUUGCCAUCCAGGGACCUCUCCAAGUUGCCUCAGCAAACCUAUAAGUCUAGUAAUGCUAGGCAUUUUUCCAGUUCAGUCUCACUUCUUUCUUACUUCUGCCCACUGGCUUCUCUCCAAAAAGAAGCCUAUUUCAGAAAUGAAAACGAGGACUUUUGGCAAGUGUUUGUGUGUUUCUGUGCACACACUCUCAUGCUUGCUCACUCUUAUCCCACCUUGUUGUUAUAGUGGUAAAACAAUGCAGGAUUUGGUAUGGGUAUUGACCCUUGGGCCAAUAUAUAAGUUUAAUAAAUAAAAAAAUGUAUGAGACUCAUCACAGAACUGACAAGUUGCUUAGAACAUCCUAUUUUGCGGGAGACAGUGAAUGAGACUGUGAACAAGUUAAUAAAGAAAAAUUUAAUAAGCAGUUUCUAUGAUAUUUAGGAAUAAAGAUAGCAUUCUGUGUACCACACCAGCCAAAACUGCACCUUUAAAAUAGAUUACUACAGAUAAAUAUUGAUAAGUUAAUAGGGUUGUCUAUGCUAACACGAUUUGAUUUACUAAACAAAAAUGCUGUUAGAUUAAAACAAUCUUGGGGAUAUAGUUUGUAUUUCAUGUUUUCAAGUAACCUUACUUGCCAGAAAUAAAUCUUUAAUAAGA